AUGUCAGCCCUACGCGAGUUCAAAGAUUUGCUGCCGGAGCUUGAGAAUUUCAUGUACCCCGACGGCAAACGAAGACAAGCGUUCCGGUUGAAGGGAACGAUUCCCGUGCCGUACAAGGGCGUCAGCUACAACAUCCCGGUGUCUGUGUACCUGUGGGAUACACACCCAUAUUACGCGCCGAUCUGCUAUGUAACGCCGACCUCUGAUAUGGUGAUUCGCGAAAGUGAGAGUGUCAACAACCAGGGCCGCGUUUUCUUGCCGUAUUUGAAGGAUUGGCGUUUUCCCGGAUAUGAUCUCAACGGUUUAUUGCAGGUGAUGGUGGUCGUCUUUCAAGAAAAGUGUCCCGUCUUUGCCAAACCAUCGGGAGCAACGUCGAAGCCUAGCGUGUCUUCAAUGCCAAGCCCGCAACCGACGCCUUACCCUCAGACGACCCCGUAUCCAGCUUCGAGCACAGCCGGAAUGCCUCCCUACCCAACAGGCAACACUGCGCCAUACCCGCAGUCCAACCCUUACCCCGGAUACCCGUCUGCUUACCCUGGCUAUGGUGGAGGCUUUUCCGGAUAUCCGAAUCAAGGCUCCACCCGAACACCGCCCCCAGUCCCACCACCACCGGCUGAUCGAACGACGUCCAUCGGCGGCGACCACAUCAAGCAGUCGCUGAUUUCCGCUCUGCAAGACAAAUUCCGCAAUAAACUCCGGGAUAAACUUGGUACAAGCCAAGCUGAGUUGGCCUCGAUCCGGCAAACGCAAAACGAUCUAAAGACCGGACAGACGAAGCUGAAGAAGAUUACGGAGGACCUGGAGAGCCAGCAACGACAACUCGAGCAGUUCAUUUUCGUUUAUCAAGACAAGAAAACAGAGCUGGAGAAGGCGCUGGCGGAAUGUGGUGCUGGGAAAGAGGGCCCACCUAUUGACGAGGCUAUUGAGGCAGCCACCCCGCUUCAUCGCCAGCUUGUCGACAACUACGCGGCCGAUUUGGCGUGCGAUGACACCGUGUACACACUAGGCAAGGCUCUCCAGCAUCACAACAUCACUGCCAUGGAUUACAUUAAACAAGUUCGCAACGUCUAUCGCCGCCAGUUCAUCUACCGCGCGACGAUGCAAAAAUGCCGUCGUACCGCCGGUCUUUCUGUU